AUGCCCCUCAAUACCACGAUGAUCUCCUUUGACGCGAAGCCAUACGCGUUUUCCUUCCCUUUGGAACAUACUGCGUUGCUCAUAAUCGACAUGCAGCGCGAUUUCCUGCUCACCAAAGGUUUCGGCGAAAUCCAAGGAGGAAACCUAGAGGCUGUUCAAGCUUCGAUUGCUCCAACUAAGAAAUUGUUGGAAGCGUGCCGGAGCGCCGGUCUGACUGUGUUCCACACUCGCGAGGGCCAUAAACCAGACCUUUCCGACUGCCCAUCAUCAAAGUUGAUCAGACAAGAAGCUGCACCAGGCAACACCCAACACAAACUAGUCAUAGGUGACAAGGGAGAGCUUGGUCGCCUACUUACCCGUGGAGAAUACGGACAUGAUAUUAUCGAAGAGCUGAAGCCGUUGCCUGGAGAGGUUAUCAUCGAUAAACCAGGCAAAGGCUCGUUUUGGAAUACAACCAUUCUGCAUCAACUCAAGGCGAGAGCCAUCACACACCUCAUUGUCUCUGGUGUCACUACGGAAUGCUGCUUUGCUACUACCAUCCGGGAAGCGAACGAUCGAGGCUUCGAAUGCUGUGGUAUUGAAGAGGCCACCAGCGGAUACAAUGACGCUUGCUUCAAGAAGUCGACUUUGGAUAUGAUACAUUGGUCGCAAGGCCUGUUCGGAUACAUUGGUAGCCUGGACCCUUUACUAGAUGCCCUCGCACCAGUAUCAAGCAAGAGUGUCGAAGCCGAUUCAACGCCUCCUCAAACACCGCCGAUAUUCGACGGCGAUCUCACGAUACCCGCUCUUCAGCGAGCGUACAAGAACGGUCUUUCGCCCCUAACAGUCGUUGACGCGGUCUACGACAAGAUCGAAGCGUACAAGAAGAUAGAUCCCGCAGUAUGGAUACACCUGCCGCCACGCGUAGUGACUCUAGACGCCGCAAGACAGUUGAUAUCGACUUUUCCUGAUCGAAACGCUCUUCCACCUCUAUUUGGCGUUCCGUUCAGUGUUAAAGAUAGUAUCGAUAUCGCCGGUCUUCCUACCACAACUGCAUGUCCGCCACUUGCUCAUGUACCUUCAUCGUCUGCUCCUGUGUACGAGAAGGUCAUCGCCGCAGGUGCUUUGUUUAUCGGAAAGGCCAACUUAGAUCAACUCGCUACCGGACUUGUAGGCUGUCGCAGUCCAUACGGUAUCACUCAUUCAGUCUACCACGAAGACUACAUCAGCGGCGGUUCAAGCAGCGGCAGCACUGUAUCAGUAGGAGCCAACCUCGUCUCAUUCUCCCUAGCAACGGAUACAGCCGGUUCAGGCAGAGUACCUGCUGGUUUCAACGGCAUCGUCGGAUACAAGCCCACACGAGGAACAAUCUCCUUCCGAGGCAUCACACCGGCAUGUCUGUCACUAGACUGCAUCGCACUCUCCACCAAAACCAUAUCCGACGCGCGAAUUCUCUGGCAAAUCCUCGAAGGCCACGACCCGCUCGACCCCUACGCGAAACCCGAGAUAACAUUCGAACGCCACGUAAACAGUAUCGGUCCCCAAUCGCACACAUUCAAAUUCGGCAUCCCACCACCCGAAGCACUCGCCAUCUGCUCAACACCAGCCCGGCGCAUGUUCAACGAGACGGUAUCGAAACUACAAGCAAUCGGUGGCGUCCUCACACCAAUCGACUGGUUGCCCUUCCAAAAGGCGGGUCAACUCCUCUACGACGGCACUUUCGUUUCUGAACGCCUAGCCUCUCUCCCAGAUGACUUUCUUAAGAAGAACCGCUCAGCACUACAUCCUGUAACCGCUCAGCUCAUGGACGCUGUUGUUGCGCGGAAGAGCUCGGCCGUAGAUGUAUACCGCGACCUACAAGCGCAAGCUCUCUAUACCCGCCAAGCAGAGAAGGUUUUCGCAUACUCCGCUUCUGGCGUUGAUGUAGUGGUUGUACCAACGACGCCUACGCACUGGAAGAUAGACGAGGUGCUCGCAGAUCCGAUCAAGAAGAAUAGUAUCUUGGGCGAGUUUACACAUUGCGGGAAUGUGCUGGAUUUGUGUGGUGUGGCUGUACCGGCGGGGACAUAUCCUGUUAAGGAACUGAGUGGGAAGGAGGAGGACGGUGGUGUGUUGCCAUUCAGCGUAACAUUUUUGAGUGGCUCGAGACUUGAUGCUGAGAUGCUAGAGAUUGCUAGAAGGUUUGAGGAGAGUAUUAGUGUUUGA